CUGGCCGCUGAGCCACGUGUUUCACAGAGCUACCUCUGCACAGACCUCAUGGGGCUCUACCUCAGCAGGUACCUGCUCACCUACCUGGACCAGCCCCAGGGUGCGCUGCCGCCCCACGCCCAGGGGCGCCAGUUCCCGCAGACUGGUUUUCCCAGACACCGCCCAAGGGCGCCAGAGCCCCGCCCAACUCCCACAGGGCCACCCCAGCGCCUGGCCCGGGUGCCACAUUACCCCAGCAUGCCUCUGCGCUGUGACUAUGCCCGCCUGCGAAGGGCCAGGGUGCCCGAGGCCUGCGGCAACCUCCCCAGAAGGCUGCGUCCCAAGUCCCUGCAGGGCGUGAGUCUCUACCACUCACGCAUGAGCUGCAGACAUCGCUGGCUGGCGCCCACCUGGAGCCCCCCGCGGCUGCACAGCCAGGACACCCCACAAGCCUCUGCUGGGCAGCGCUCAGACAGCCUCUUCCGCUGCGCGGUGGCCCCGCAGCGCCCUGAUCCCUGUGCCAGGGAGACAGUGCUCAAGGCCCUGAGCCAGUGCAACAAGGGCAAGAGGAAAUUUGAUGGGCCGCUCUGGUUCGAGACCCCAGAGCCCAAGAGGAGCAAGCAGAGCCCAGGGCAGCGGCCCUCGGCCUUCAAGCCUGUCAGCAGAGACGGAGUGGUCCGCACAUUCGUGCCCAGGCCCGGGAAGCUGAGGAGGAGCACUGGAUGCCGGGGAAGCCAGAGUGCCAGGAGAGGAGCCAGGGCCUGCAGUUCUGCUGUCCCUCAGCCUGCCCUGCGGGCUGCCAGCGCCGAGAACAGUGGCCAUGUGCGCCUCUGGAGCCUGCAGCAUGGAUGCCCUGCCAGCCAAGCACACAGCAGCCAGCCUGCUGCCCGCUGA